GGAGAGAGCGAAAGAGAGGGAGGGAGGGGAGGGGAGGGGGGGUUUUGAUGGAUCCUCGGGUGGCCUGGAUUCAGCCUGAGCAGAAGGGACCCGCCAACGCCUUGUGGAUGCAGAUCUGGGAGACGUCUCAGGGAGUCCGGAGCGCAGCCCGUCACCAGCAGCACCUGCUGUGCGGCAACUCGCCGGCGCUGGACGCCAAGGCGGUCGCCGCCGCCGCCGCCGCCGCCGAGCAAGUCGGCAUCUCCAGCAGCAGCAGCAGCAGCACUGCCCCCGCCGGCGGCAGGACUGCAUGCCCCGGGCAGCUGCCAGUGGGACCUGUAGGGGGCUCGGGGGAUGCGCGCCGGGGGCUGCACAAGUCCUUGUCCACCACAUCCUCUUCCUCCUCCUCCUCUUCAUCGUCCUCUCCCUCCCCUGAGUGGUUUCAAUCACUGCGUCGCCGAGAGCGGCGGUCACUCCUCGCUGAGGUGCGGCGGCCACAGUCUGAAGAGCCUGGUGCUGGGGGGCAGGAGGAAGAGGGAGAACAAGGCCAGCACCUACGGGAUUAA